AUGGGUAAAGCACAAAGUAUAGAAGACGCCGACCGCGAGGGAGAGGGACCUCGAGUCAAGCGUCCCCACCUGGGAAACGAGAACGAGCUUGAAAAUGCCGGCGCCGCUGCCAUUGCCAUUGCCGCAUGCUCUUCACGCACUUUCCCGGUUAACACCCCAGCACCACAGAGGAGGAAACCGACAGUGAUGACUCGGAUUCAACCAGGUCCAGCCACUGCUUCGCCGGAAGCAAAGCAGGCUGCGGAUGAAGCUAAAGCAGCUAGAAAACACAGAGCCCUGUCCGAGCAAGGACCGGGAGUUUCUAACCCGAGCCUCAAGGUUGACGUGGUCCAGAGCGACCUCAAAGCAACGCCGCAAGCCGUAGACUUCGCGCUCAACGUCUUGACGGACUGUGGGCCGCUCAUGCGGCGACGGAUCGCAGAUCUCGAAGCUGAAAUAACGCACCUGCGCGAAUUUUCCAAGAGGUCUUCCAUUGGGGCUGACGAAGCCGAAGUCAAGAGACUCAGGGCGGGUAGACGGCAAGCGAGAGCCGAGGCAGCGCGGCUGAGGGAGAGAACCACUCGCUGA